AUGGCCAACAACAACACACCCAGUCCUGAUCCCUUUGUCCUGGAACAACUGAUUGAAGAUUCCAGCCGCGAACUGAUGAACCGCCGUCGGCAGGAACGUGCUUUUGCCGGACAGAGGCAACAGACUCAGCACAUUCAACAUGUGCACGGCCUUCAACAAGUCCAGAACGUCGAACAAACCCGUCCUGAAGGACAGGUUCAGAACGGGGAAGACGGGCAGACCCGGCCCCAGACUGAACCAGACCAGCUCCAAGUGGUGAAUGAAACUGAUACCCGAGACGGGCAACACGCUUCCUCGUUCACCCACACCUCUGACAGACGAAGAAGCCGUAGCCCGGACGAGGAGGAACAGAUCAACAUUCCCGAGGGCGCUGAUCCGACUGCCAUUCUCCUACUCAAAGAGCUGCAGAAGACCAACCGCCUCAUCCGCCAACAGGGCGACCGCAUCCACGACCUGGAAAGGAGGCGACGAUAUCGCUCCCCCCAACGGAGGCGCCAUCGGUCACGUUCCUAUUCCUCUUCGCGGUCUCCCCCGAGGAGAAGUCGCAAGCGCAGUCCAUCUAGGUCUCGCUCCCCCUCGAGGAGAAACCGGCGCCAGCGGUCUUAUUCCCGCUCUCCACCUCGAAAGACGCGGAAGAAUCAGAAACCUGAAACCACUGAAGCCAAAGGUCUCUCACCCGAGCAGGAGCACCAAGGCCCCUCCAAAGCCGUGCAGAAAGUCCGCGAACAUUCUCCAAAAGACAACCGCAAAAUCUCGGGCAAAGCACGCAAUAAGCCCCAACGGGGCAGACAUUCAAACUCCCCUGAACCCAGCGACGAAGAGGAUUUCCGCAGUCCCUUGUCCGAGCAAAUCCGGCGUGUUCGUCUUCCCCGGGGGAUGGAAAAACCACCAGCCUUGGACCACUAUGACGGAACCACCGACCCCGAUGACCACAUAAGGAGCAUCGAAGCUGUCAUGGACUACCACGUGGAUCUUUUCCUAAGCCACUUCACCGCGUCUCGUCGGCAACCGAAAUCAGAAGCAAAUCUUGAGGCAGUAAUCCAAGGUGCCGACGAAUCUUUAAGAGACUACCUCGACAGGUUCAACAAAGAAGCUGUCCAAGUGCAGACCGCGGACUACAUGAAGAGGCCUUCAUCAGAUAUGAGGAAGCAGAGGCUGCGACCACGAGAGCGUCACGGGACAACGAUGCCACUCGCAGUUCCAACCAUGAGCCCUUAA